AAAAACAGGGCUGAAAACAGGGGAGGGCUCGCGAGGGUUUUGGCGCUAGAUCGAGAAUGUGGGCGCGGCGCUUCCAUCCGGGUCCGCUGCUGGCCAAGGUGAAGAAAUCCACAGGGAUCACGGGCCUCCGGGUGGAGCCGCAAGCGCGGGAGAAGCUCCUGGGGCUCUACCAGCGGACGCUGCUCGCGGCGGAGAGCAUCCCCGAGGAGGCGUUCUACAAGCAGGCGGUGCUCAAGAUCACGAACGCGCGGCUCAAGGUGUGCCAGGAGGAGGAGGAUUGGGAGAAGAUCGAGGAGAGGAUUGGGUGUGGGCAAGUGGAGGAGCUCAUCAAGCAGGCCGAGGACGAGCUCAAGCUCAUCCCCAAGAUGAUCGAGUGGAAGCCGUGGGAGGUGCCCGAGGGGCACAAGAUCAGGAUCCGCGACGAGGGCUACGAGCGAUCCAAGCAUUUGCCGACGCAUCGGUCGAGCUGGGAUGCGGUGGAGCUCGAGAUUUUGGAUCGUCGCGAGAGGGAGAAGAAGGAGAAGGAGGCGAGAGAGAAGGAGGCCGAGGAGAAAGAGGGCCAGAUCGACGCCUCUGGGAGCUCCAAGUGACCACUGGGAAUUCUUUCCUUGAUUUUUCGAAGAACAUUUUACCCCUUUUGUAUGUAAUAAUGGGGAUAAUGAAGAACCCUAGUUUUGCCCUA